CUGCAAAAGAAGAAGAACAUCCCCACGUGAGCUUAUUUACAUGAUGGACACAGGCGGUAAAGUGAUUUUUGGUCAGUUUCGAACUGCCCCACUAUCAGAGUCUCAGCUGGACUUCCACGGUCAGCCAUACUCCGUGUCCGUCCUUAAAGUCGGAUACUGUCUCCCUCAGACCGACGGGUCGUUUAAAGCCGAUGGGACCAUCACCCUCAUAACGGGACCCAGGACUAUUCUGGUGGACACCGGUGGACCGUGGGACCGAGACUUUCUCCUAAUGACCCUUAAAGAGAGAGGUCUGGAACCGGGAGACAUUGAUUUUGUCGUGGGGACUCAUGGACAUUCCGACCACAUAGGAAAUCUGAGUCUUUUCCCAACGGCAGUGAUAAUUGUGGGAUAUGACAUCAGCGAGGGGGACACAUACCGUCCAAACAAGCUGGCAGAGGGACAUCCUUACUCUAUUGAUGAGCAUGUCUCUGUAGUUCCCAGUCCAGGCCACACAGGACAAGAUGUCAGCGUCCAGGUGAAGGGAGCCUCAGCGGGCACAGUGCUCGUUGCAGGAGAUUUAUUUGAGUGCUGCUCAGAUGAGGACAGCUGGCGGGAUCUGAGUAUGAACAUUGCAGUACAGGAAGUCAGUCGACAGCAGGCGCUAUGCGUAGCUGAUGUCAUCAUACCUGGACAUGGACUCCCAUUUCGAGUCCUAAGGAACCGAACUGACCCUGGAGGUCUGGAUUAAGUGAAGAACUUGACUUUAUCGACUAUAUAACAUACAGUAUAUCAGCUGACAUAAUAAUCAUACUACAGCUGGGUUAAGUGCCUUGCUCAAGGGCACUUAACCUCCAAUUUGCUCCCCGGGCGCUUGAUGCUGCCCACUGCUCCUGUGUGUUUCACUGCAUGUAAUUUGCCGGGUGUUGCAUGUGUGUGUUCAACUAAGGAUGGGUCAAAUGCAGAAGACGAAUUCAGUGUGUGUAUGUAAAAAUAUAUAUACUGUCAAUAAAGCUGAUUCUUCUUCUUU